CCCUCACCUCAACUAUUUGAGAUUUUGCAUUACUUAAUCACAAUACUUCUUGACACUUUUGAGAUUGCAUACAAUUGUAAAUAAACUUCAUCCAAAGCAUCAACGAGAAAACCAAAAACUCAGUUAAUUGCACGCCAUUACGAACUUCCCUAUCAAUUACACCCAGCUGCUUGGAGAGGCGGAGAUGCAUUUCUCUACUCAGUACUCACAACCAACUGCAUUCCCAUUCCCCAUUCCCCAUCCCCAUGGCUUUCGAGCACAUACAAACAUCAUGUUCUCGAAGUAAAGGAACAAACAGCCACGAAACACCAGUCCUUACUGAUCUCAAAUCACACGACACCACCAAAGCAAGCCUGCCUAUAUAUAUAUAGUGACCACAAUCAUGCCUGCCCGCAACACACAAACCUGCUCAAUCUGUAGAAAAACUGAAACAACAUUUUAAAGGCAAGAGGGAACACUACCAAUACCAAAUAUGGAGACCAAAAGGCUGAUCAUUGUACUGGCAAUGAUGCUGCUGCUCACCGCCGGCCACUGCCACUCGUCUCCCUCCGACGGCUACUACAAACGGCACAAGAAGUCCAAGUGCAGCCCACUCUGCUUCGGGGCGUGCGCCAUCGGCGGCAAGGGAUUCAAGUGCUACGGCCGCUGCAUACUGAAGUGCCUCUUCCCACCCGGAGGCGAGCCAGACCACAACAAUCCCCAGGCCAUGUGCUUGGCCAACUGUGUUGUUCCCGCUUGCGCCGAGCUCGUCACCGCAGAUGACCCAUUCUCCGAUGAAGUGGAGAAUUGCCUGGAUUCUUGCAAAGACAACUGUGCAGAAAAGAGGUUUGAUGAGCCGCACCACCACCAGCUCAAUCAUUCGCCAUGAAGAAGAUCAUGGUUGGUUGGGCGGGCGACGAAGAAGCAACUAUGCAUGUGGACAUGCCUCUUUCAAGUAUUUGAAUCAUAUAAUAAUGUAAGAAUAAGGUUCAGGCUCCCAUCAGCUUUCACUGUCGUAAGAUAAAAGAUGAAAUAAAAUGGUUCAUGCAACCACUGACAGAAUAAUAUAAGUAAAUGCAUAUUCCAAGAGAGUGAUCAACACUUAAGAAGUUCAUGUCUGCAGUCUGCUAGUCACACAUUUCUGUACCAUUGAUAAAAGGGGAGCAGCUGCAUUAAAUAUUCAAGCAUUCCAUGUUCUAAUUGCUAUCCAUGACUACUGCUGUUCCAGAACCAAGUAGAGUGAAGACAUAAAAUGACACGAAAGGAUGUUGUCCCUAUGACUCUGUCUCUGACUACAUUGAAAACGAACCACGAAAAUGGGGGGACUCUCUCCACUGUAUAGGGUUUAUGCGAUUCGGGCGAACACAAAACCAUAACACAGCUAAUACAAACAGACCACUGCAUGAUCGGGCAGGCAGGAACCAUAUAAAAACAUAAUGAGGGGGGAGGUGGAUCAUUUCCACUCGCCUAGGGUGAGUUCUCUGGUGUCUUCAGAACUGCCGAGGGGUCGUUGUGAUCUUUGUGUUGUGUGACAGCUGCACGAAAAUCUUCAACAAUAGAACCGUCCUUGAACUUCAGGGCAAAGGUUGAAAGCGCCUCCUUACCUUCCCCAAUGCUAUUGAUGCAAGCAAAAGUGAUGCCUCGCUUUUCCAUGUUCGCGAGCUUCAUAUCAGAGAAAAGAUUAGCAUUCAAGAUCAGCCUCAAGUUACCCUUAGACCUCAUCAGAAGCCUAGCUUUCUCUGUUCCACUGGUAGGGACAUUCACCUUCACUUCUCCUUUCCCCCGCUCCUUCCAAGAACCAUCAAGGAACUCAAACAACACAGAAUCGGCAGAGAAAACUGCCCUUUCGUUCUCUUCUCCAGUCUCGACUGGAACCUCCGGCAUAGAUGGGAAGCUGCUUCCUUCACUCUUGGUGGCAACAGAAGAAGAGCCUGAAGAGUUAAAGACUGAUGAAUUUCCAUUUGUAGGGAGGCCAAACCCAAAAGAAGGCUGGUCACUUUUCUGCCCAAAUAAGGAACCAGCACCACUAGCAAAUGGAGACCCGUCUUUUGGGAUUGAGCCAAAGGAGAACGACGACGAGCUGGAAAAUCCUGUUCCAGCUAGGCCAGUGAAAGCGUUUUUGCUACUUGAAAGCUGCUGAAAUGAACUCAGGGCGGUACCUUCACCACUAGGGUCUGCACUUUCACUACUCUUGUCAUUCUUUUCAUCAUUCUCAGCUUUACUAUCCCUUGAUGUUUCCUUCCCUUCAACAUCUUCAGCUUUAUCAGUCUCGGUGACAUCCUUGCCUUUGUCUUGAGUUCCACCACCCCCUUCAGCCUUUUCUUCUGCAGAUUUAAUGGCUUCGCCCAUCUUAUCACUCUCAGUUUUAUCUUCUAAUGGUUUCUCAGCCACUUCACCAACAGUCUCAGUUGUAAUAUUAUUGUCAGUGCUCUCCUUGUCACCUGCAGACUCAACCACCGACACACUUGCACUGCUUUCUACUUGCUUCCCAUUAGAAGCAUCUUUCUCUUCCUUGGUUACAUCACAAGCACCAUGUUUAAUGUCAUUCUCAACUUUCUCAUUGGAAGUUACUUCCACAGUUGCUACUGAUUGAGGGGCUGGAGUUGGAUCACUUGGUGGAACCAAACGAAUUCCAGCAAAUGGAUUAGAUGCGGGGAGUUUUGGGGCUACCGUCGAUUGACUGCGGCGAACUUUCACGAUUCUUCUGGUGGCCAGCACCUCAUCACUUGCCUUCUUGAAAGUUCCAGCCUCCAUUUCAGACAAAUCUUCAUCAUCAUCAAGGCCAGGGUCUUCCUUCGAUAUCUCUCUACCUGCAGCUCUCUUCUUUGAAGGUGGAAGGACAUUCUCAGAAUCCCCCAUUCUUAAACCAAAACAACUAAGCUUGAUGUUUUUGCCUCUGAAAUAGUCAAGAAUCUGCAGGCAGAAAAAAGAAC